CGCGUCUAAGUAGACCAUAUUACAUGAUUUAGACUGUAAAGGUCAGGUUCUCUCAUAUUCAGCUCAGCUUGACUUGAAAUCAGAAAUAGGUCGUUACAAUUUAUUUUGUAUUGUAUCAAACCAUAUUUAAACCGUGUCCUAUCGUCGAUGCUCUUGAGUUGAAGUGGUUAACAGAACAUGGUGAAUGGCACGGUCUUUCUGGAAAGUACAUCCGUUCAUAAGUAUUUUUUAAAGUGGGUUAUAGAUAGAGGAGAAUCUUUGAGUGACUGGCUUGAUAUCUAAAAGGCCUACAUAUUUUGUGACAGUUUAUAACGCUUACAACCCCGUCUUCAUUAGCCCAGUCGGUGCAGAACAUUAGGGCGUUAAACAUACAGCUCACAGAAACUGGUAGAUGUUCAUAUAUAAUUAAUGUUAUGAUUGUUGUUGAUCUACAUUUAUAAAUAUGAUUAACAUGUGGGAUAUUGUAGCAGUAUUUAAUGAUGUUACAACAAUUUUACUGACUCUUGUUGUCUUAUUAGUUAUUGGAUAUGUCAUCUCAAUGCAGGAACGAUCUGGAAUACCUCCUGGACCACCAUUUUGGCCAAUUGUGGGAAAUAUGUUCGAUAUGCGAGGCAAAUUCGCUGGCAAGAGACAUAAAUAUUAUGCAGAUCUUCAAGCAAAAUAUGGAGAUAUUUUUCGAAUAUAUUUUGGCGACCAGUUGUUGAUAGUUUUAAACGAUUUCGAAUCUAUAGAAGAGGCUUUUGUUAAGCAGAAGGAUCUGUUCAGUACUAGACCAGUAGAAAAACUCUGGGUAAUUAAUCAGGCCGGAAAGGGUGGACAUGGGGUCUUCUGGGCGAGUGGACAAGCAUGGAAAGAUGCUAGAAGAAUGUCAAUUCGUACUCUUCGUGAUCUAGGUGUCGGGAAAUCUACCCUCGAGGAUAGGAUUAAGGAAGAAACUAACAUCGUUUUGGACUAUUUAUCACAAUGUGAAGGAAAACCGAUUAAAGUUCAUGAAAUCAUGAUGAAAGCAACAACCAAUAUCAUCAGUACAGUUGUGUUUGGUAAACGAUAUGAUUAUAGUGAUCCAGAAUUUGUUCAAAUCAUUAAGGUCGUGGAAGAUGGAUUUAGUGAUAUGGUGCUGUUUACCCCUAUUAAUCGUUUUCCUAUGCUCCGCUUCAUACCUUUCUUGGCCUCGAAAAUGCUGACAGUGAGUUAUGCCGUGAUGAAAGUAGAACAAUUAAUUGCUAAACACAUUGCGAAACGAAGACAGGUUUUCGAUAAGAACGAUAUUAAGGAUUUUAUUGAUGUGUACCUAGAUAUGUCUGUUGACGGCGAGUCUAGUACCAUUACCGAAAGUAACACGAGAAGAAUUAUUUUGGAUCUAUUCUUUGCUGGUUCUGACACGACAGCCACCACUCUGGAUUGGGGUUUCCUCUUUAUGGUCCUUCAUCCGGAAGUCCAGAAGAAAUGCCAAGAGGAAAUCGACAGUGUGGUCGGUGAUGGUCGUAUGGUAGACUGGUCGGAUAAAUCUAAAAUGUCGUAUAACGAAGCGACACUUCUCGAAGUUCAACGUCUAGGAAACACAGUGCCUAUGUCAAGUGCUCACACCACAGAGAUAGACACCGUAGUAAAGGGUUACCUUAUACCAGAAGGUUCUUUGGUUUUUGCAAAUAUGUACGCCUGUCAUCUGGAUUCAAGAUAUUGGAAAGACCCCUUGCAGUUUAAACCAGAACGAUUCUUGGAUGACUCAGGAAAAGUAUCCAAACCACCUGCUACAUUGAUACCGUUUUCCAUAGGUCCACGGAUUUGUGCAGGUGAACCACUGGCUAGAAUGGAACUAUUUCUAUUCUUCACCAAUAUCUUACAGCGGUUUUCUGUUUCAACUUCCGGCAGUGAGAAACCCAGUACAGAUGGGGUGUGUGGAGUGAGCAUGUCAACACCAGAAUAUACUAUCCAGGCCACGCCUCGAUAAGUUUUCUGUCAAUUUUAACAUUUAUUUUAGUGUUUGGCUAUGAUUGCUUAUUAUGUUUUAUACGCCCACAAGUAUUAAAGCUGCAAUUUCAUAUUUUUAAAAUGUAUUAAAAUAAAGCCUUAAAAUAGA